AUGGAUUUUGCCGCGCUUAUGUCCAAGGAGAUCUCGAAGGCCAAAGGCGCCGACUCCUCCAAGUCCUCCGGUACACAAAAAGACAAAGCUUCCCCAGCGCCGCCCCCGAAAAAAUACAUGCGCCGGGGAGAGGUAGAGGCUGCCCGCUUAGCGGCAUACGAGGAGGAGCAAGAACGUCUACAGAAGGAACGCGAGGAGAAGCAAGCCAAAAAGCGCAAAUUCGAGGAGGAAGAGGCAGAUCGACAACGCGAACGAGAAGAAAAGAAGGCCAGACUCGCGGAGGAAUCAAAAAAGAGAAGAGAGGCAGAAGAAGAAGCCCAGGAACGUGAACGCCGACGAAGACUCGGACUGCCCGACUUACCCACCAAAAGCGACGGCGACGCUACCCCGGAGGGAGAAGAGGCCAUUGAUAUGGGUGAAGAUGAAGUCAUUGAAAAGCUUCGCGAGCUUCAUGAGCCUGCGCGGUUAUUUGGAGAGAAUCACCGGUCCCGACUCCGGCGUUACCACCGAAUUGUCAAGCGAGCCGCAAUGCUACAGAAAUUGACUGAUGGACCGAUCCCCACGACCCUGGAGCCUGUGCCUGGUGGUGAAAUGCUCAUCCCCGCUAAGAUUCCGAAGGGAGAGGCCGAGCGACUGUUCCUCUUCCGACAAUUGGCAUCUUACUUCAACAUGAUGCUCUCGGAGUGGGAGUUGGCUUUGGCAAAACGCGACGUGUCUGUUCGGGAGAGCCAUCAGGGAAAGCAAGCGUAUAAUGCCAUGGUUCAGUCUCGAGAAAAUAUGAAACCACUGUUUCGACGUUUUGAGAAAGGAGAUUUGGAGGACGGACUGUUGGAGCCAAUUGUGGAGAUUGUGCACAAGGUGCAGCAACGAAAAUACGUUGAUGCAAAUGAUGCCUAUCUGCGAGUGAGCAUUGGAAAAGCUGCAUGGCCUAUCGGUGUGACCAUGGUUGGUAUUCACGAGCGAUCCGCUCGAGAGAAGCUACACCAGAGUGAUCAACAAGCACACAUUCUGAGCGAUGAGAUCACUCGAAAGUAUCUACAGAGCAUCAAGCGCUUCCUGAGUUUCGCACAGGUGCGCUGGCCUCCGGAGGACCAGCUACAGAUCAUGGGAUAA